CACAGCUAACACAUCUCGGCAACUUCCUCAUUCACUGACUGGUCUUAGAUGUGACUUCAGAGCAAGCUUCUUCAAUAAGAGCGAAAACUGACAGCCACAACACACACGUAAAAACAAAAAAGGCAUCGGCCACGGAGGCGGAGAGCAACCGGUCUGCACCUUCUCGUCCUGAUGAAGUGACACAGCUGGAACCCGUGCGGACGUUUCUGGAGCGGAAGACACUUGGUGGGGCUGAGCGGGACUGAGGUGGUCAGGUAGAAAAGCUGCUUGGACUCCGCUGCCAGCAUGCUCCGGCAGUCUCUGAGCAUCCUGAAGCAGCUCGGCUCCGCGGCAAAGUCACAAGAUGCCACUGAACUUCUACACGAGGACCUGGUCAUGGUGGAGCAGCGGGUGGAACCGGCCAGAAAGGCCGCUCAGGUCCUUCACAAGAAGCUGCAGGGCUGCAUGCAGAGUCAGCCAGGGCUGGAGGCUGAAAAACGAAUGAAAAAGCUCCCUCUGAUGCUGCUGUCUGUCAGCAUGGCAGAGAGCCUCAAAGACUUUGAUGGAAUGUCCCCUAUCAGGAGGGUGUUGGAGAUGUGCUGUUUCAUGGAGAAGAUGCUGGCCAACAUGUUGGCCGACUUUGAGAUGAAACUGGAGAAGGAAGUCCUGGAGCCGCUCAACAAGCUCAGCGAGGAUGAUUUACCAGAGAUCCUCAAGAACAAGAAGCAAUUUGCAAAGCUCACUACAGACUGGAACAACGCAAGAAUCAGGAGCCAGGCCAGCACUGGUCCCCAGGCAAAGCAGGAUGGGCUUCGGGAGGAAGUGGAAGAAGCUUGGAGGAAGUUGGAGAGCAUCAAGGACCAGUACUCUGCAAAUCUGUAUCACUUUGCGACUAAAGAAGAUGACUACGCUAACUACUUCAUUCGUCUUCUGGAGCUGCAAGCGGACUACCACAAAUAUUCACACGAGUUCCUGGACAAAAACAUCAAUGAGCUCAAAGAUAAUCACAAUCAAAAAGGGCCAGCGCUAAGCCUCUCUAAACAGAAGGUCUACGGGGAGCCUCUGCUGUCUCAUCUGUCUCAAAGCAACAGAGAAAUCGCUGCACCCAUCCAGGAGUGUAUUCACAUGCUACUGAGAACGGGAAUGGGAGAGGAGGGUCUGUUUCGUCUAACAGCGGCAGCCUCAGUGGUGAAGCGGCUGAAGACCUGUCUGGAUCAAGGAACGUUGGACCACAGCGAGUUCAGCAUUGACCCUCACGCCGUGGCCGGAGCUUUGAAGUGUUAUCUUCGAGAACUGCCUGAACCUCUUAUGACCUUUGAACUCUACAAUGACUGGUUCAAAGCAGCAGGGGAAAAAGACUUGACAGAGAAGCUAGAGCAGUUCAGAGUACUGCUGAAGAAACUGCCACCUGAAAACUACAACAACCUCAGGUACCUGGUCCAGUUCUUGUCUCUCUUGUCGGAGCAGCAGGCUGUGAACAAGAUGACGCCCAGUAACAUUGCCAUCGUCCUGGGGCCCAACCUGCUCUGGCCGCGAGCAGAAGGGGAAGCUGCUCUGUUUGACAUGGCGGCAGCUUCUUCAGUCCAGGUUGUCACUGUCAUUGAGCCUCUCAUUCAGUGCAGCUCCAGACUCUUCCCUGAAGCUGUAUCUUUUGAGAUCGCAGACCUCCCUGAGGUCCCGGAUGUGACCCUUCCUGCUCCUGUUGCCCAGUCUCUGAACUCAGAAAAGGAGAAACUGAGCAGAUCCGUCUCCUCCUCUUCGGCCAUAGCCUCCUCCUGCUCCUCUAAUCAACUCCCUCUCUCCCAGAUGAACAGCACAGCCUCUCAGGACGGUGGUGUCUUCUUCCUGGUGAGAGCUAGCUCUGUGAGUCGCAGUGGCACCUCCACAUGGGCCAGCCCUGCAGCUGAGCCAGCAGCACCAACCCAUCCAAACAGAACGUCCAGCAGUUCAUCAUCCCUCAAUCCCAGCUCUGUCCUGGCCUCCAAUACUUCCGCUCCCUGCAGCUCUACGGCAAACCACAGCCCAUCCCCAGCUCCUAGAGCCACAGGAACAGCGCAAAACCCGGGACAGAACAGGAAUCCCACCGAGAGGCAGUGCUUGGAUCAAGGCCAACUGGACCCAAUUUUGGAGGACCCUCCAGACUCUCCCAAAGCAUUGGUGAUGAUCACCUCACCGCACAAACCAAAAAGAUCUUUCAACCCGAAAAAAACUACCGAGAAUGUGACAGUUCAGUACUCCAAGCCGAGAGCCCCGCCAACUCCCAAGAUCCAGGCCCCUCCACCUCCCACCACAGCCCCAGCAACCGCUGACACUAGGACCCAGCCGACGCCCGCACCCCGGGCUCAGGCGGCCAGCCACAGAAAGCCUACGCAUAAAAAGCCAGGACUCAAGGUGCCAAACUGCCCUCCACCACUUCCUCCACCAUCACAGGCAAAAGAAGUUCCUUCUAUAGCACAGUGAAGAAAAUUACGUGUGUGUCAUGUGAACUUUCUUGUUGUGGUUGGUUAAGAGCAACUGAAACACUUUUGUAUUUUGUAAAAAAAAAACAAAACUAUCCUAUGGUUGAAUAUCGUCACUCUGUGCUGUUCAGUACCUUCCAGAAUUUAUUUUGAGUUGAAGUGUUGCAGCUUAAUUUACUGUUUUGUGGUCUUCCCAUGUUUUUAUAACCAGUAUCAUUUAUUUAAUUGUCAGUUACUGGUGUCCUAUGUUUCCCAAAAUGCAAUGUAAGUCCAGGAAAGCAAAAAAAAAGAAAAAAGCCAAAGCCGUAAAUAAAUCCACAUUGCCAUAAAGUUAAAGUUUGCAAGUUGCUCUUUUUUAAAACAUAUUUUUAGGUGGUUUUGAACUUUUCUACAACCAGCUUUUAGCUCUAGCUAUGAGAAUUUGUGUGGAAUAUCACUUUAAACUGACCUGAAAUGUAAUACAUGGAAAUAGAUAUAUAAAUAAAACGCUAUUACGCCUAUUUAAAAACAUCUUUAUUGUCAAU